AUGAGGGGGGAUAUCCAAGCCAUGAGGGGGGAUAUCCAAGCCAUGAGGGGGGAUAUCCAAGCCCUGAGGGUGGAGAGCCAAGCCCUUAGGAGUCACAAUCAAGCCCUUAGGGAGGAGAACCAAGCUCUGAGGGAACGAAAUGCACAAGCAGCUUCGGAUGACAGUGGCUCACUUCAAGAGCAGUUGAAGCAGGUUGGGGCAAUGUUAAAGACGUUUGCCCGCACUGGGCAAUCAGGUGCAGAUCAGACCCUAAUGUUGCGACGUCUUGGAGACUUUGGUGAUGUUGUGCGUACCAUGGACAACAAAAUGGACACUAUGCUGCAACAUUUCAGUGCCAAUGUUUCUGUUGGAGAGUUAUCUCUGCCAGGGGAUCUGUUACUUCCCCUAGACACCCAGGAAGAUUUGGUGUUGCUUGACAACACUUUGAGGCAGGAUACAGAGCUCCAGGAACGAUUUCUUCGGUUUUUGGCAAUCAAAUGUGGGAGGGACCUAAAAACAACCGUGUGGCGAAUGCUUCAGAGCAUCUUUUCGAAUCACCUUUCUAACAAUACAACCUGGACUGGUGUAGGGAAUAAAGCGUGUUUUAGAGACCUGUUCCUGAAGACCAUUGUUCAACGAGCCAUCCGGAAGAACCCGGCAACCCAGGAUGCCACAGAUGAGGCUGUCCAGGUCAAUGUUAUGCGUUACCUGAAAGGUGCAUCUGACCGUGAAGGUGGAAAAAGGCGACGCACAGCUGAGAGGGACCCAGAGCCAUCCCUUAAACUGGAACCCUUUCUCUAUUCUGCUUAACUGAUUUUCUGUUGUUAAGUACAUGUCAAGUUUUGUUUAUCACAGAUACAAAACUUCUACACUGAUUACUGGCUAUACUAGCCCAUAUGUACCACCCCUCCCUCCAUCUUCCAGUCUGGACAUGGUCUAACAUCUUAUUUGACCAAUGGUUGAUACCCUAAAGCUAUCCUUGCACUGCAGCUAUAAUUCUUAUAUUACUAGGUUUGCCCUUUUCUCUUAUUGUCCAUAUUUAAUACUGGUCUCUUAUGUUGUCCAUAUUUAUUGUUGUUCACUACACUUUAACCUUGCACUGUUGCACUUUACUACCACUGAUGCAUACCUACUGAGCACCUUACCACGGCAUACUGAACCACAGGGUCAGUCUCUGCCCUGUCACUGCAAGUGCCUUAUACAUUACAUUCUUUUGGAUCCUUGUUUUAAUAUCUUUAGUGUAUUUUUACUGUUCAUUUUAGUCAUGUGGAUUUUUUUUAUAUUCUGUUUGUUAAUAUGUGUGGUGUUAAAGUACCACUUAUCCUAUUGUUAUAAAUUACUUUUAAAUGUGACGUUAUACAUCCAUUUAUUUGGUAUCCUGCACAUUCUUUGGUACCAAAUAUCAUCAUUACUUGAUAUAAUGUUUACUGGUAGCCUCUGUACAUUAUUAAAAAUUAUUGUGAGUGCUCUAAUUUGCUUGUAAUGUGUUUUUUUAACCAAAUUUUAUUUGGAAAA